UAUCUAUAUCUAUAUAUCUACUUUUUCAAACUUUUACUUAAAAAAGAAGCUAUAAUAAAUUAACAAUGGCACGAACACGAAGCAAUUCACCAUUUCAAUAUAAUAAUAACAACAGCAACAGGAAGCCUUCAAGUCCGUUUUCUUCGUCUUCUUCAUCUUCAUCGUCAUUUAAACAACAAUUAAUUCCUCGCUCGUGCUCAACGACGUCGUUUUACGGUGCUUCCGGUAAUAGAUCCAGCAAGUCUGAUUCAAUGUAUUCGAAAAGCGGUUACGGAAACCGUUCUCCGGUCGGUUUUCCGUUAUCCGAUGAGCUUAUUAGUGAGCCGGUUGAUAGCGUGGCUAGAUCAAAUGUCAGUGAUAGCAUUUCUGUUACUAUUAGGUUUCGGCCGUUAAGUGAACGAGAGUAUCAGAGAGGAGACGAAAUUUCGUGGUAUGCAGACGGAGAUAAGCUCGUGCGGAAUGAGUAUAAUCCUGUGACUUCAUAUGCAUUUGAUAGAGUUUUUGGACCGUCUGCUGUUACUCAAGAGGUGUAUGAAGUAGCUGCUAGACCGGUUGUGAAGAAUGCCAUGGAAGGAGUUAACGGGACAGUAUUUGCUUAUGGUGUUACAAGCAGUGGGAAGACGCAUACAAUGCAUGGUGAUCACCAUUCUCCCGGAAUAAUACCUUUGGCUAUAAAGGACGUGUUUAGCAUUAUCCAGGAUACUCCAGGAAGGGAGUUCCUGUUGCGCGUGUCAUAUCUUGAAAUCUACAACGAGGUAAUCAAUGAUUUACUUGAUCCAACUGGACAGAAUUUGCGUGUUCGAGAAGAUGCACAGGGUACAUAUGUUGAGGGCAUAAAGGAAGAGGUCGUCUUAUCCCCUGGACAUGCUCUUUCUUUUAUCGCUGCCGGUGAAGAGCACCGUCACGUUGGUUCAAAUAAUUUUAAUCUGCUUAGUAGCCGUAGUCACACGAUAUUUACUCUGAUGAUUGAAAGCAGUGCCCAUGGUGACGAGUAUGAUGGCGUGAUCUUUUCUCAACUUAAUCUGAUUGAUCUAGCAGGAUCAGAAAGCUCAAAAACUGAAACAACUGGGUUGAGGAGGAAGGAAGGAUCUUACAUUAAUAAAAGUCUUCUGACCCUUGGAACUGUAAUCGGGAAGCUUAGUGAGGGGAAGGCAUCUCAUGUUCCAUAUAGAGAUUCCAAGCUUACCCGCCUACUACAGUCUUCAUUGAGUGGCCACGGACAUGUUUCUCUCAUCUGCACAAUAACUCCAGCUUCCAGUAAUAUGGAGGAGACACAUAAUACGUUAAAAUUUGCAAGUAGGGCAAAACGUGUUGAAAUCUAUGCUUCUCGGAAUAAGAUUAUUGACGAGAAGUCUUUAAUUAAAAAGUACCAAAAAGAAAUAUCUGUUCUCAAACAAGAGCUUGACCAGCUAAGGAGGGGCAUGCUUGUAGGCGUUAAUCCCGAGGAGAUCAUGAGCUUAAAACAAAAGCUAGAAGAAGGACAAGUAAAGAUGCAAUCACGCUUGGAGGAAGAGGAAGAAGCCAAGGCAGCUUUAAUGAGUAGAAUUCAAAGACUCACAAAGCUAAUACUUGUUUCCUCAAAAAAUACAAUUCCAGGAUUAUCAGAUGCAUCUCAUCAACGAAGUUUCUCUGCCAAUGAGGAUGAUAAUAGUUCUUUGCUUUUACAAAGCGAUAAUCUGAAUGAUAUUCCAUCAGAAAUAUCUUAUGAACCUAAACACAGGAGAAAUUCCAGCAAUUUAUCAGCAGCAGGAAGCACUAUUACAGAAUUAACUCAAGCCGGUGACCUUAUUAAUGGUUCUGCUGGUGGUGCAAAACUGCUACCAGGUGGAGUUUCUAUAGAUCAGAUGGACCUUCUAGUGGAGCAAGUAAAAAUGCUUGCAGGAGAGAUUGCAUUCAGUUCAAGUACUAUGAAACGUUUAGUAGAGCAGUCUGUAAAUGAUCCCGAGAGCUCAAAACCUCAAAUAGAAAACUUGGAACGUGAAAUUGAAGAAAAAAGAAGGCAAAUGAGGGUGUUGGAGCAACAAAUAAUUGAAAGUAAUGAAGCUUCAAUUUCCAACACAUCAUUGGCUGAUAUGCAGCAGGCAAUGAUGAGAUUGAUGACACAAUGUGAUGAAAAGGGCUUUGAGCUAGAGAUCAAGACAGCAGACAAUCGCAUUCUCCAGGAACAAUUACAGAACAAGUGUUCAGAGAAUAAGGAGCUACGUGAGAGGAUAACACUGCUUGAACAACAGCUGGUUGCAGCCAAGAGUGAGAAAUCCUUGCCCUCAGCUGGACAGUAUGGAUCCGAAGAAUACAUUGACGAGCUAAGAAAGAAAAUUCAGAAUCAGGAGAAAAAGAACGAGAAACUAAAGCUGGAGCGUGUUCAAAUUCUUGAGGAGAAUAGUGGAUUGUCAGUGCAGAAUCAGAAACUAUCUGAAGAGGCAUCUUAUGCAAAAGAACUGGCAUCUGCUGCUGCUGUAGAACUAAAGAAUUUGGCCGGUGAAGUUACCAAACUUUCCCUACAAAAUGCAAAACUUGACAAGGAAUUGCUGGCUGCUCGUGAGUUGGUGAACCACAGACCUGGAAAUGGUGGCAACCGUACUAAACCUGGUCGGAAUGGACGGAUAUCUGGUCGAGUCAAUGACGAGGCUGACUCGUGGAACAUUGACCUAGAAGAUUUAAGAAGGGACUUGCAGGCGAGGAAGCAACGUGAAGCAAGCCUAGAGGCUGCAUUGGCUGAGAAAGAAGUUAUAGAAGAUGAAUACAGGAAGAAAGCUGAGGAGUCAAAGAAAAAGGAAGCAGCGUUGGAAAAUGAUUUGGCAAACAUGUGGGUUCUUGUAGCUCAGCUGAAGAGAGAGGCGGGGGGUAUCGUACCCGAAUCAAAUACUAAUAACCUAGGACAUGUUGAAAGAAAUGAAAAUGUGAAUGAGCCGAGAGUAGAAAAUGGUGAUUUCAAUAAUCCGGUUCUCAAAGAGAGGCAGAUUUUGGAUGUUCAACAACUAGCUCAUGAUGUGCCAAAGGAAGAACCCCUUGUUGCUCGUUUGAAGGCUCGAAUGCAAGAGAUGAAGGAGAAAGAGCUCAAGUACAAUGUUAACGGGGAGGCAAAUUCUCAUGUUUGUAAAGUAUGUUUUGAGUCAUCAACCACAACAAUGCUUCUUCCUUGCCGUCAUUUCUGCUUGUGUAAAUCUUGUUCAGUUGCAUGUGCCGAGUGUCCAAUUUGCAGGACUACAAUUGCAGAUAGAAUUUUUGCUUUUACCUCUUGAAAUCUUCACGUUAUCUCCCAUUAAAUAGAAGGAAGUGUGUCGUGAAUCAUCGUCAUUUUUCACCUACUGGUUAUAUUUUAUGUCCCAUAGUGGGUGUCAUUCUUUAAUUGGUCAAGCUGUAUGUAAAUUACUACAAUUGAAAAGGUAUAGUAUGUGCUAUGCAUUCUAAAUGGAUUGUAAUUUAGAGCAUCAAAAAUAGAAGCUAACAGAGGUCCAUCGUUUGACCUUCUAGUGUGAUAUAUAAAAGUACCCACAUUCUCAGCUUUCAUCAAGACUCCGUAAUAUAAAACCUAACUUAGUGCCUUGAGCUAGUUAUACGAACAUAGCCUCCUAGUCCUAAAAAUUUCUUUCCCAUCUUUUAGAAAAUUUGGGCGUCAGUCUUGCACAAUUGAGUUAGCGCUAAGAACGUGGUGUUUCACUCUCUCAUUCUAAUGUUUCUUGUCUAGCUUUUCUUUA